AUGACAGUGAUUGUAGUUCCAGCAAACGGUGUUUCUAUCCAACCUCUUCUAUCACCCGAAACACAAUUCAUUGUUCUGAUGAAGCGUCAAGCGCCUCAGCGUGUAGGAUGUACCAAGAAAUAUCAAGCUGACAAAAAACUAGUGAGAGAAGCUGCCCGAGCUGCGAAAUUGAAGUUCUUGGACCAACUUGCCGAGAAAGAGCGGAUAAGAGAGCAAGAAAAGAAGCGUAGAAUGGAGCGUAAAAUGGAACGUGAGGAGCAGGCGCGUAAGGAAGAAGAACGUAAGGAAGAAGAGCGUAAGGAAGAAGAGCGUAAGGAAGAAGAGCGUAAAGAGGCAGAACGUAAAGAGAAAGAGCGUAAAGAACAUGAAAAGAAAGCUAUUGAACAAAAACGUGAAGAAGAGCGUAAUAAUGCUGAGCGCAGAGGGCCUGGAAAAAGUAGCGGAAAACGAAAGCAUCUAGAUCCGCAACCCAGUGAACCUGCAUGGAAAAUUGCUAAACAGGAGCAACAUAGUGAACAGCAACAUAAUGAACAGCAGCCAAAGGGGGCGUUUGCUUCUGAUAUUGGAUUUUCAUUGCAGUGUCUUCAACUUCAUAACCAGUAUCGUGCUAAACACGGCAAGGCUCCGCUUAGGCAUAGCGUUAGACUUAUGGAAUCGGCAAAAAAAAUAGCAGGUACACCUGAUAUGGUACAUAGUAAGAUUCCUGGUAAUGGUGAAUCACUAUGGCCCGGUACAAGUCAAGAUUGCACUGCUGCCGUACAUGCUUUUUAUGACGAAGUGCGUUAUUUUGGACCCGAAACAAAAGUCGUCGAUUAUUUGGCAGUCAAUAAGUUUGCUGGGCAUUUUACUCAGGUCAUUUCGCCUCGAUCCAAGGAGAUGGGAUGUGCAGUUGGUGCAAAGACCGUUUGUCAUUACAGUCCACCUGGAAACAUGAUGGGUGAAACGUUGAAUCUUCAAGGUUAA